GACGAUGCGUCGUCACCAAUGCCGUGUCUAGCUGAACGGUUCCUGAACUAAGUGUUGUCUGUUCAUUGUGUACGUAGCGUCUUUUUGUGAAGUGCGCGAUGCCGCGACCCGUGCUUGUACUACUGUGUGUUCUGUUACUUUCCGGAACCGCGCACAGCGGUGAGGAUGAACAUACGCAACGAUUACACGAUCACGCACUCGAGGACAGUGGAUCACCAAGCACGACGACCGAGGAAGCCGAAGAGGAAUGGCGGGAAGAGACCACAACCAUGCCCCCGGAUGGAAUAAUUGAUAUCGAACCUUUCAUCGAACAGCUGGCCGAAGAUGGUUUUCGGCGGGGUUUGCCGAUAUUUUCGAGGUUCAAUGGGGACGACAACGUCACCGUGGAUUGCAGUGCCGCCCUCAUCAAGUUCAUGUUCGCCAUGAGAAAGCUCACACCGUGGGCCUUAAGGAUGGUGGACUCAAUGGGCAAACCACCCUCGGGUCUCGCGUCGGGCACAGUUGCAGACUUGGGUAAUUACGACCAAUGCCUCGAAGUCGUCGCACCCAACGGAGACGAUGAGGUUGACUUCACAGGUCAAUACUGUACAUUCUAUAUGAAUCCAAAGAAAGUCAAGUUCCUGAAGAAAGUCAUCGAUCGAUUCCAAGAGAACGGGGAAUACAUCAACAGAGCCGAUCCUCUCCAAUGGCUAAACCAAGAUCUAUUCCUCGGAGUUCGGAUGGGCAUAUGUAUCCCGUCGACAUGUUCUGGCGGAGAGAUUCAGUACAUGGCAAAAGCACUUCUCGAAAAGUACGGAGUCAUUCCCACGGUGGCCGGCUGCGAACUCCCGAGGACCGGCAAGGAACCGCUUACGAGAACACAAAAGUUCAUGUUCGGACUUAUUUCAAGCUUUACGACGAUAAUAACCAUCGCAUCUUUGUGGGAAUACUACUACAUUUACUACAAGAAACAACCGAGUCGCUCACUCAAACCGCUGUACACCGUGGUGCACUGUUUCUCCGCCGUGGAAAACACCAGGAAACUCUUAUCCACGAAAGUUGCGCUAGAUUCAGAUGCCUACCGUCUCAGAUUCAUUCAUGGAAUGCGUUUCUUCAGCGCAUCGUGGGUCAUCUUGGGGCAUACCUACUUCCUGAUUAUCCCCACCGCACUCGCGAAUUCGCUGAAUAUCAUCAAGCUGCAAGAAGACAUAUGGUUCUGUCUGAUCGGCAACGCCUUCCCGUGCAUCCAGACUUUCUUGUUCAUGUCCGGAUUCCUGCUUUCGUUUAACGUGUUGAAGUACCUGAGCUCUUACAAGAAAUCUCUUGCAAUGCCCAUAUUCCUCUUGCUGGCAAGACGCUACAUUCGUCUGACCACUCCGAUCAUGUUCCUUGUGGGUCUCUUUCUGGUUUUGCCCCGCUUUAUCUCGGGGCCCGUCUACUCAGAGUACAAGGAUAUAGUUUUCGGAACGUGUGAGAUCAACUGGUGGAGAGUCCUACUGCAUGUAAACAAUUGGAUCCCCUUCUUCGACAUGUGCCUCGCUCAUCUGUGGUACGUCAGUGUCGAUUGGCAGAUCUACUCGACUCUUUGGGUGAUACCAAUAAUCAUGCUCAGGCGGAAACGCUUAGGUCUUGGACUGUGUGCCCUGGUCAUUUUCGGUACAGCCGUAAUGGUGGGCAUUCAAACCAAGGUCAACAGUUACCAGCCGACGCCAAUCUACUCGGACCCCAACGUUAAUCGCACAUUCGACGCCAGCAACGAGGUGUAUUUCAAACCGUUCGCGCAUGCAGGAUCGUUCUGUAUAGGAAUCAUCACGGGUUACAUGGUGCUCGCCUACGGCACUUACAAGCUGGCCGUGUGUACUCAAGGAUUGCUGUGGAUCCUCUCGGGAACCAUAGGCUUGUUAGUCGUUUUCGGACCCUACAAAUGGUUCGCCGGAGCCCCUCAUGAAGGAUGGGACGCCGUCAUCUACGCAGCGACCCACAGAACCGCGUGGUCCAUCGGUCUUGGUUGGCUUUCUUUCGCCUGCGCCACGGGUCGUGGAGGUCUCAUCAAUGGACUGUUGGCUUGGAAAGCCCUCAUCCCGAUGAGCAGACUGUCGUUCUCGGCAUUCAUGCUCCAGACCGUCGUGCUUCUGACCAGAACGAUGACAGCGCGAGAUAGACUCAUAUUCAGCCACGAUUAUUUGUUAAGAGACUUCUUCGCGACGUACAUGGUGACCUACCUAGCCUCAUUUGUGAUGUACCUUCUAAUUGAGGCACCAAUCGGAAACUUGGAGAAAAUGAUUUUCAUGAGAGCAACGCCCAAAAAGCCCCUCGAUCCGCCACCGAUACAGACAAACGGUCAAGUGGAACACGUCGUCACAAUGGAAUCGAUUCAGAAGAAACAGUCCCAGUCGAACGGAGAACUGAGGACUGUACGCCUCUGAUGACGAGUUAAGCCUAUGUGUGUAUGUGUUUAGCUUCAUGUGAAGCACUUGUGCGUGAAUGUCAAUGUACCUUACUCACUGCGACGCGUUAGCAGACCACUGAGGUGUCUGUUCUGUGAUGCCUAGUCAAAUGUCAAUCCUCGUGUGUCGACCUCGCAGCUUCAAUAAGUGCAACCGGAAGCAUCAGCAUCAUUUGAGAAUCCGCAAAAAUCUCAAAUGGUCCCUCUGAUCCAAAAGCAAGAGAGGGACAGU